CAUGGGGAAGGACAGAGGCUCUGUGAGUGUUACGUUGUUGUGGAUCCUGGUAUGGAUAUCAGCAUACGGUCAAGGAUUCUCAGCCGAAGUAUUGUCAAAGAACAUAUUUUUCAUUGCCGAGUCAAGAGACAGAGUCACUAUCCCAGUUUCCCCCAUGGUUCUACAAGGGACAGAGCACCAUUACCAAUGGAUAUGGACCUCACAUGACGGCAGACACUCAAACACCACAAUAGCCAAAAUAAUUUCAUCCACUUGGGAAUCUGUAUCGAACACAUUGGGUUUUUCAAAAGGCAGUGGAUAUAAUCUUUCCAUGAGGCCAAACUUUGGAAAUGCUGGAGAGUUUGUGUUCAUGCAAACCAAACCAGCUUCAGUUAUUGUGGUGAGGUUUGAGGCGUUUGCUUUCAAAGUUACCCCCUAUGAUUGGCCUUCAUUUCGUCUGGGUUCUGAUGUGAGUUUUAUUUGUAAGCUGUCCAGCCUACAAGAAGGGACCACACUUCAGUGGGAAAGAGAUGGAGAUCCUACUUCUAACACCACGUUGUUUUACGACAACACAGUCCACAUGGUCAUCCAUAGUGUUGAUCAGAGCAGUAAGGGAAGAUACAACUGCACUCUCAGACAGAAUGGAACACGGUUAUAUGAGGUUUAUAAUACCUUGAAUGUUCAGACAAGCACAUUAAACAAGCCAGUAACUUUGUUCCGAGAGAGCAGCAACAGCAGUGAGGUGAAGAUGAUGUGCAGGUCUUUAUCCUGGUACAGCAAAGCCUCCUGGACCAAGAGCACAUCUCCAGUGGAAGCACCUACUGCUCUGACUUCAGAUGAUAGACUAGAAAUUGACCGGUUCUCAUCUCCCACGUUCAACCAUAUAUAUUUCCCCCUGCGAGUUUCACCAGUGGCAUUUGAGGAUGGAGGAUUGUUCAGAUGUAAUUUUAAUAGCCAUCUUAUGUCUUAUGUUCAACUCACAACCAUUCAAGUCUCUGCAUCUGGAGGGCCCCCUGGUGGCCAGUCGGUGGUGCUGAAGUGUGAGGUGUCGGAGGUGAGCGGUGACCCUGUGACCCUGGCCUGGCUGAGGAUGGAGGGGAGGAGGGGACUGCUGGUCAAACAGGAUGUCCUGACAGAGAGUCACCCCAACAGGACGCUCAGUGUGACCCUGCCCAGCCUCCAUAGGGACCAGCUGUACUGGCAGUGUGGGGUGUUCAUAGAGGGCAUGCUCAGAGCGAGUGUUCCCCUCAGACUCCGUGGUGCUGGUGGAAGAUCAGGGUUACCAGGCCUAGGGUUACCAUCGCCUCUGAAAGACUACACUCAGCAGACUUUGAUCAUUGCGACCUGUACUGCUCUGGUUGUUGCUGGGAUCCUGAUUGGUUCUCUGGUGUUCUACCUGAAGAGGAAGAAGACAGACCCAGGUAAAGACCCUGAUAAGGACUAG